CGACGCGCUGCCGCCAUGUUCCUAUCGCAUCCACGAGCAGCAGGCUCGGGUGUUGCAUCACGUGCAUUCACACCGCCUCUACUUUCCUCGAUCGCACCAGAUACCGUAUUGCUAUCAACGGAGCCAUCCGAUUGGACGUACAUUGCCGAAGGCGGCGCUAACGUGAUCUUCCGGUAUGUCGGAUUGCCCACAACCUUGACCGGGUGGGUCAUGCGCGUACGAAAGCAAGGCGUGCGCGGUGCCCAUCCAAAGGACAUUGUGAAGUUCGCCGAGCGCAACACGCCGCCAGGUUCUCGUGACGCGUAUGUACAAGUGGCCCGCGCAGAGUCUGUCACUGUCGACUUUCUUGUCAGGUUAAACGAGUUGCUCAUGGCCGACGCUGCCACAUCGCGCCGGCCAGUGCACCGACACGCUUCUUCGCUCGACACAGCAUUGACAUGGGUGAUGCUUCUGCCGGACGUGGCCUUCCCAGACGCCGCCCUGAGUAUCGAAAUCAAGCCCAAGCACGGGCUGUUGCCGUCCGCCCCCGGCCUCCAUCCUGUCAAGCAAACAGCCUGUCGCUUUUGCAUGCACCAGCUCUUAAAGCAAGCGCAAGGCAAAGUGGUCCGUGCCAGCGCCUACUGUCCAUUGGAUUUGUUCUCCAACGACAAAGCUCGCAUUGCUCGAGCGCUCACGUCGUUGAGCUCAACGCCGCAAAACAACCUGCGCGUGUUUUCGUCAUGUACUGAGGCUGGCGAUUCGCUGGAACACUCGGCAGAACAUUCCAUGGCUGCAGACCAGUUGGACCUGGUCGUCGAGCUACUCCAUUCCCAUGUGGACCUCCUCGACGAUCUGAAAGCUAUGCACGCCAAGGACACAUUGGACAUUGAAGGGGUGUUUGCUCUGAGCCAAUUGCACGCCGCCAUCGUUGACGUCAUCAGCUUCUCGGAUAGCGAACGACAAGUUGAAGACGGAACGAUGCCGGUAUCUCAAACACUAGGCCAAGUCCUGCCGAUGCUGUCGACGGAUUUGAGUCGCCAGCUGGACAUGUAUAUGCCACAUGCUCUGUUGACGAAUACGGAUGUGAAUGUAGAGCGUUGGACAGAAUUGACGAUUGGGCAGUUUCAAACAGUAUACAGUGACGUGCUGGACUCGUUCUUGGUCGCGACUACGUUCAAGGACUGCUCCGUGCUGCUGUCGUUGAGGCCAAUCCCGUCGUUGAUGUCGAUAACACCUCCCGAUGCAAGAUGUUCCAGCGAACGCCAGCUGCAGUUAUCCAAUGGCCACCAUCACCACACGGCCACUUGGAACGGCCAGACGUACGAGGUCGUGGUGGCGAUAGUCGAUUUGGACAUCAAAGCACACAAGCCAGUGGCUGCCUACUACGCCCAGGACCAGGGAAUUGUGCGGCACUUUGCCUCGAUUCAAUCGACAUGGUCAAGUGCAAACUCACUAAACUAGAUUUUCAUACUGUAAUAAAUGACCG